CUAUUUGUUCAUUCUGCCGAGUCACCUUUGAUGUAAUUUAAACUAAAAAAAUAAUCUUAGUCUAUGGUCUUUAUACAUCCGUCACUGUCAUCAGACGGGCUGUCAGUGAAUUGCUAAUCGUUAUUAAAAGUAAUAACAUUAUAAUUAUAGCGAAAACCAAAGAGUAUAUAAAAUACUACUAAACUAACUAAAAAACUAUUGACACCAAGGAUCCAUAUACAAAAUACGAAGUACAUUUGGUCUAUACUUUUUUAAUUUACAUAGUAAACUAUGUUUUACACGUCGAAUUGCUAUCUAUAAAAUAUUUGAGUAGGUAAUUUGUAAUCAUUUAUAGUUAUAAUUAGUUCGACUCCAAAGUAUCAUUAUGGACAAUUGUUUUAUUGACAUCACUGUAGAAUUUUUAGCUGUAGCAUUUCACAACAUUUUAUACUAUGGUUCUGUUUAUCCUGGAAACGUUUUUGAUACGAGAAGAAAAUAUAGCGUUGUCGUGUAUCGCUGCAGACAUCCAGAAGUAAAUCAUUAUAUUAAUUCAUGUUUAAAAAGCGUAGAAGAAUGUUUGAAAUGUGGUACGUUGAGACGUCUUGAAUUUGCAGUGACUAAUGAUGAAUAUAAUCCAAUAGUGAAGUUUGUAUUUGAUUUUGAUAAGAAUUCAGUACAUGAAGAAAAUUCUGACGCCUAUUUAGUGCAAGUUGAACAAAAUUUACGAGCUUUUUGCCUAAAUCUUAACACAAUAAUUGGCAAAUUUCAAAACAACAUUGAAAACAAAAGCUUUACUAUUUUCCUACACACUAACGAGUCAUCAGCAGUCUCUAUGAGUAUCAAUCCUGAUUUACAAGAGUUUCCUUAUGUUGAAGUUGAAGAUAAAACAGAAGAUUGUGAAAGAAUCUUACCAUUGAGAAGAUUUGAAUUAAGAGGUUAUAGUAUAGACACCUAUGUUGAAAUAAAGUAGAAAUAUAAAUUUGAUAUGAUUUAAUGGCCAUUCAAAAUGUUACUUUUAAAUUAAUAAAUUGUAGCAAAUAUAUGUCACACUGGAUAGAUUAGAAUACCUUGAAAUG